AUGCAGUCCCUGCCGCAGGACGACCAGGACGCGGUGAUGCGGGAUGAUUCAGCGGCGCGGACGCCCCGGCCGCGCCGCGCGGAGCAGACCUUGCAGGACCAGCGGGCGUCGUCUCCGUACGCCCGUGACGCUGGCCAGCCGCCAGUGCGCGAGCCGACGUCCUUGUCAGGACGCCCACCACGCCCCGCGCGGCCCGGAAUGCGUCCACCGCCACGGCACCCUCAGCUACCAGAGGCACCUGAGGGCACGGUGCGCGGCGAGAGGCUGGACGUGGAGAUCGUGUCCUGCGACGGAGGAGCGUACAGCGACACGUACUCCUUCCACAACAUCCUCCAAGAGACGGCCGUCUGCUACAGUUCCUGCCGGAGCCGCGGCGUCAACAUCGUUCUGCGCUGCAGGGACGGCGGGAUCUUCAACCUGUCCAAAGUCGUCGCCCGCGCCCCCGUCCACGGCUACACGAACCCGCUUGCGCAAGCAGUCGUCUUCACCUCCUUCGCGCCCCCGAACCUCGUCGAAGCGUCUCGAUACGACGGGUGUCGGUGCCCGGACGACGUUGCGCGCGUCGCGGCGUCCGCGGGCUGCCUCGGCCGCGUCGCGCCGCACGCGCAGGCCCGUUCCUCCGCCGGCACGCCCUCCGCCGCCUCGAGCGAGCCGAAGCCAUCCCUCGCCACGCUGCCCAGCGGCUCCCUGCCGCUGGCGAUGCCUCUACGCGACAUUGCGGCCGACUCUAGCGCUGCGGACGCGGCGGAGGCGCUCGCGACGCUCGCGCCCGACCCGGGCUACGACGCGGACGACGACGCGGCGGCCGUCCCCGGAGCGGAGGGUCUCCUGGAGAGCGCCCGGUCCUUUGCGGCCGGGGACGACACACCCGUGCCCGUGGCUUUCCUGGACCUGACGGAGACGGCGUGCGCGGUCGUCGACCUCGGCGUCCCGCGCUCCGGGAUGUACUUGCUCGUCAAGCUGCUACGGUCGCGUUCAGAGCUUCAGGGCGCGCAGGAGUCCAACAUUGACACGAGGUUCGUCGGAUUGUACGGCACCGAGGGGCCCGUGGCGUUCGGCGAGGCGUCGCUUAUGUAG